UUCUAAAAAGUUAUCCUAAUUCUAUGGUAUUAUUAGAAUCCGAAGAAGUGAAGCAUUUCGGGAUCAAAGCAAAGCCAUUGGAGCCACAACAAGAGUUGAAACCCAAAAGGCUCUAUUUUCUAGUUGAGUUACCUAAGUAUCCCGAAGAGAAACCCCCGAGGAGAGUCCGUUCAGGAAUCCAAAUGAGCGCAAAAGAUCGGCUCGAAACCCUAAUGUUAGCACGGAGAUCGGUGUCUGACUUGUCAAUCUUGAAGCCUGUUAGUAUUAUUACAGAAGAGUCGUCAUAUCAUAAUAACUAUGCUUCAGGCUCAGUGCUUAAUAAUAGUAAGACAGAGAACGGUGGUGGGCCCGUUAGGGUAAAGUUGAGGUUGCCUAAAGCUGAGGUGGAGAAACUAAUGAUGCAGAGUAAAGGAGAAGAAGAUGUUGCCGAGAAAAUUAUGCGACUUUGCAUGGCUAACAAUGGUGGUGGUGGAGACAUGUUUCAGAGUAAAAGUGGUCCGUUGUUGGAAGAACAAAGUAAUUGGAAGAAUAAUAAUGGAGGAAUUAUUAAGAAAGGAAUCAGAUCUCGAGAGAAACGUGUAGGAUUCUUGCCAAUAACAGAAGGGGAGAUUCAAUUAGCAGUGACUUCUUAACAAAAGGGUCCAAAAUAAAUUGCAAUAUAUUCACUGUAGAGUAGGUUUUUGCAGUGUGCAAUUUACUCUCCAAAUUCUCAGCUAUUUAUUACUCGUGUCUUAGUUAUUUUGUAUGUAAAUAAUGCAACCCUAGCAUUACCAGGUUGUAGCACAGAAGAAGUUAAGGACUCAUUAUUUGUUUAUUUCAUUUCUAUCUGAUUAUGAACAUAUAUAACGUGUUAUUUAA